UGGAAUCGAUGGGGAGGGGAGGGAUAUGUGAAAUGCAAUUCCCUCAUCCACUUUGUUUGAAAUGCUUCAAACGUCACACUUCUUAACACAUUACAUAACAUACUAAGCCUUGAGACGCAAUACUGGUUACUCCAUUGUGUGUUAAGCGUCUUCUAUGUGCGCAACAGAACUUUUGUUAACAUUGUUCCAGUGAAGGAGUAACGUUCGUUUAGCGUUAUCUGAAUUGAUUGAUUCAACUGAUCUUUCUGUUUCUUUAAUCAUUUUCGUCGAAAAUGUUAGUCGCUCGUGAAGAUUUGUACAAAUACAUUUCACCAACGACAGUUGAAAAAGGUGUAAAAAUCUAUGAAUUCAAAGUGACCUUGAGAAAAACCACUCCGACAGUUGAACGACAAAUCUUGGUCCAAGGUGAUUACACACUGGAACAGCUGGGCAGAGUAGCUGCAUGUGCCAUUGGCUGGCAUCGCAAACCAUUCGAUUUAAUUGACACCGAUGGGACGAUCAUGAAGGGUGACAGACCGUGGGGUCACGAUCACAAUCGAUAUGACACUGAUUCUGAAGAUGAAACUGAUUCGAAUGAGCCCGAUGAAGGAGAAACGAAACGAAAACUUGCAAGAAAAAUUUACAUUUCGGACCACUUUGUUCGUCAAAAGAAAAGACUUGUCAUGGACUAUGACAAAUAUCGCUGGAUUCACGAUAUAAGACUUGUGAAGACACAAGACCGAGACCGAAAACACUAUCCGAAAUGCAUUGGCGGUAAAAAUGCAUGUCCACCAUAUGGUUGUGGGCCACCAGAAGAGUACAACUCUUUCUUAAAAUCACUCAAGGAUCCGAAGCAUAAAGACCACAUCAACACAAAAUUCUUUUUGAACAUGUCUGGCCAGGCAAAGUUCAAUCCUACUAAGUUCAAGGCGUCCGCUGUGGUAUUUCCCAAUUAAAUGUUUCUAUUUUGUGAUAUUGAUCUAAACAUAAUUGAGUUCCUGUGACUAAAACAACAAUUAUUGAAUA